AUGUUGUUUGCCGACGAUUUGACGAAGGAGAAAGCACCAUUGCUGCUACGCAAGGAUGACGGGAAAAGCGGCGCUAUUCUGAGGAAAUUGUUUAUAGAUUCUUCACAUGUGGAGCGGCGCUUGAUUAUCACAGACUAUUUCGAGCAAAUCUUCAAGUCCACUAAUCCUAGGGAGGAUGAGAUAGAUGAGGUGCUUGAGAACAUUGAGGCCAGAGUCAGCGGGGCAGCAGGGCAACUUCUGUCUUUGCCAUUCACUUCGGACGAGUUCGGAUCCAUGCUCCCUUCGCGAGGCCUUCGACAGGGUGAUCCGCUUUCACUGUACCUGUUUAUAUGUUGUGCAGAAGUCUUGAUUGGUAUGAUUUCCAAAGCUACGGAGCGCGGUGACUUUAGUGGCGUUAAAGUGGCCCCGACUGCGCCAAUCAUCUCCAACUUGUGUUUCGCAGAUGAUACCCUCGUCUUUGGAGAAGCUACUGUAACUUAUGCAGCUUAUUUGAAGGGGAUUUUGUCCAAAUAUGCACAGGUUGUGGAGCGGCACGACAAAUAUCUCGGAAUGCCGGCCUCCAUGGGAAAAACUAAAAAGGAAGUCUUCUCUUUUCUGCGAGACCGUGUAUGGUCCAGAAUCAAGGGGUGGGGGGGAAAACAACUCUCGAAAGCAGGGAAAGAGGUUCUCAUCAAAUCGGUUCUGCAGGCGAUCCCCUCAUAUAUUAUGAGUUGUUUCAUGUUGCCGAAAGGAUUACUUCUGGAAAUUGAGGCAGCUAUUCGACGGUUUUGGUGGGGUAACGGGACUAGCCGGGGAAUAGCAUGGACAUCGUGGCAGGAGUUGUGCAAGUCCAAGGAGAAAGGGGGCCUCGGUUUUCGCAAUCUUCGUAGUUUCAAUAUUGCUCUUCUCGUUAAACAGGCGUGGCGCUUACUCAUUAAUCCAUCCCACCUGCUGGGACAAAUUCUUUCGGCAAGAUAUUAUCCUCAAGGACGUCUUUUGUCGGCUCAAUUGGGGUCACGACCGUCUGCCACUUGGCGUAGCAUUUGGAGUGUGAUCCCUUAUAUUAAUCUCGGUAUUCGACGUCGAGUUGGUUAUUGA